UAGAGACACUAAUGGCAUGCGUAGUCUGCUCUUACGAAACAAAAAGAAAACAACACGCUUGUAUGUGUGUACGUUUCUGCUGUUGUUUGAAUGGAUACAUAUCAAGAACCCUCAGUUUAACAGGAUUUUAACUGUGAGAUAAACGUUCACAAUAACCUGUAUGCAUCGCAGUUUGUUGCUCAUUCCAGCAUCCAAGCACAUUUGGAAGUUUGUGACACUCGAGAGCCAAAGACACUGCUACUACUCCUCCUUGACCAAAUUAGUAGGCCUAAGCACUAUUAAUAAUCGAACCACAAUGCCAGCAAAAAAACGCAAGGCGACCUUUGCCAAAAUGGACAACGCCAAACAGCAGAAGCUGCAGGCUGUAAAAGAGGGUGAGAGGGAGAGAGAAAAGGGAUGGCUGCAGGGUGUGGUGGCUGAGCAACGGAAGGAGAAACAGGACUUGAAAUUCAACAAGAAGCGCCUCCGUUUUCUGUCCAAAACCCAGAAGAUAAAGCAAGGUUCAGAGGGAGUAGUCUACUGGAUGAACCGGGAUCACAGGGUCCAAGAUUGUUUGCUUCUCUCAUUGACUCUUACUGUAGAUAACUGGGCGUUGAUCCAUGCCCAGCAGCUUGCCCUCGAAGAGAAGCUGCCCCUGCACAUCUGUGUCUGUUUGGUGAUACCACAAGACUCUGAGUUGGCCACCAUCCGCCAUUUUGGCUUCAUGCUGAGGGGACUGGAGGAAGUUGCUAAGGACUGCAGUGCGCUGGAUAUUCAGUUCCACCUGCUCCAGGGCUCCGCUGGAGAACUGCUGCCGGGUUUUGUGCGGGACUGGAUUUUGGGGGCAGUGGUGACCGACUUCUCCCCUCUAAGGACGCCGCUGCAGUGGGUGGAGGAGGUCAAAAAUGGUCUUCCAUCGGAUAUCCCCUUCAUACAAGUGGAUGCCCAUAACGUGGUGCCCUGCUGGGUGGCAUCAGACAAGCUGGAGUAUGCUGCCAGGACGAUCCGUACCAAGAUCACCAAGCUUCUGCCCGAGUUCCUCACAGAGAUGCCUUUAGUGGACAAACAUCCGCACCCUGCUGUCCGAACCGCCAAGCCAGUAGACUGGGCAGAGGUAUUGUCCUCUCUGGAGGUGGACAGGACGGUAGAGGAGGUGGAUUGGGCCAAAUCUGGCACUGCAGCAGGCAUAGCCAUGUUGGAGUCUUUCAUCGACCUGCGCCUCAAGAACUUUGCCACUCAGAGGAACAACCCCAAUUCUUCUGCUGUUAGUCAGCUCUCGCCGUGGAUCCGCUUCGGUCACUUGUCUGCCCAGCGCGUGGUGCUGCAGGUCAAGCGCAGUGGGAAGAGUGCCGCCGAGUCAGUUUCCUCCUUCACAGAAGAACUGGUGGUGCGCAGAGAGUUGACUGAUAACUUCUGUUUCUACAACCCCAACUAUGACAGCGUGAAGGGUGCGAAUGACUGGGCCCAGAAAACGUUGAAGGAUCACGCCAAAGACAUCAGGCCGUACGUCUAUACCCGCAAGCAGCUGGAGAAAGCCCAGACCCACGACAAGCUCUGGAACGCAGCCCAGUACCAGAUGGUGAUUGAGGGUAAGAUGCAUGGCUUCCUAAGGAUGUACUGGGCCAAGAAGAUCCUGGAGUGGACCUCCUCACCAGAGGGAGCGCUCUCCAUCGCCAUCUACCUCAACGACCGAUACGAGCUGGACGGGCAGGACCCCAACGGAUUUGUAGGUUGUAUGUGGUCCAUAUGUGGGAUACAUGACCAGGGCUGGGCCGAGAGACCCAUCUUCGGAAAGAUACGGUACAUGAACUACAAAGGCUGCACCCGCAAGUUUGACGUGGCACAGUUCGAGAGGAAGUACUGCCCCAAAGACCUGUAAUGAAAAUGGGAGCAGAGGCAAGUUGUGCAAGGAUGGGGAAGAGAGCCAUAAUCUCCCAUACCUGGGUCAUAUUCGUAAGGGCAAAACGUAGCAAAAUGUUGUUCAACGCAAAAAAACGAAAAUAAGUAUUUCUUAUUACACAUUCAGGUGAUCCCUCUGUUUCAGUCUGUUUUGUUUGGUUUGGUGCCUUGUGAAUACGACCCUGUUCUCCAACCUACUCCACAGACUUUAAGAUGGGGUGAAGUUCAGUACGGCACAUUCAAAAAUAUAUAUACACUACCGUUCAAAAGUUUGGGGUCACUUAGAAAUGUCCUUGUCCAUUAAAAUAACAU